CAUUCCAAAAAACAAGCGUGUCAGGGAUCAGGGUGUGGCUUGUACUAGCGUUAAGUAAUGAUGACCCCAGCAUGCUUAUAAAAUACGAGCGGGCAACUCGCUAGGUAGCUGUUCCACAUAACCCGGGCCUCUAUCAACACGGCUGAGCGCUUUGCUUCUCUUUCUCAGCAAAGGUCCGGUUCCCAUUUGCAUCCACACGUGACCAUGCCAGGGACUUUGGCGCUGGUUUCAGUUCUGUUCAGUCUCCUCUACAUCACCGAGGGGCAAACGUUCAACUGGGGGCGAUGUCCAGAUCCACCCGUCCAGGAGAACUUUGAUGUUACCAAGUAUGUUGGGAAAUGGUAUGAAAUUGAAAAGCUGCCUGCGAGCUUUGAGAAGGGAAUCUGCAUCCAGGCCAAUUACUCACUGAAGGAAAAUGGGAAGAUUAAAGUGAUAAAUCAAGAGCUCCGCUCUGAUGGCACAAUUAAUCAAAUCGAGGGGGAGGCUGUCCAGAGAGACGGUGAGCCGGCCAAGCUGACUGUCAGCUUUUACUGGGCCAUGCCCUCUAGCCCUUACUGGGUACUCGCCACUGACUAUGAAAACUACUCCAUGGUGUAUUCCUGCACUACUUUUAUCUGGCUCUUCCACAUUGAAUAUGCCUGGAUUCUGUCAAGAACUCCACAGCUGCAGUCAGAAACUGUGGAACGUCUGAAGAACCUUCUCCGCUCCUACAAGAUUGACACUGAGAAAAUUAGGCCAACUGAUCAAAUGAAUUGUCCUCCUGAGAUGUAGAUCCCACUGUUUAGGAGAAGAAGUCCAGGCUAGUUAUGAACUCUGUUGCUUUAUUAGUGUUGAUUAAAACCUCUUAAUUUAGAAUAACAAAGUAUUUUGCUAAUGGUAGCUUGUAAACGCUGACUGUAAUGUCUACGUGUGAUAGCAGCUAAGUAGUAUUGGUGCUCUGUCCGUGUAAUCUCUCUCAUGUACUUUGAGAAGCCUGAGUAAAUUAUACCAAAACUCUU